UACACUUCGAGUGGCAGUUCCCAGCCAGAUCGAGCGCCCCCGACCCCCGAGCACAGCGCAGGUACCCCCGCCACCCUUAGCUUGCUUAUGGUCCAGUCUUGCUCUAUGGGGUCCAAUUUCCUUCCACCCGGGCCGCUGGGAGCAGCCCUCGGUCUUUCCCGACGGACCCGAGGUCCCGCCAGUUUCUAAGGAGCCUCGGGCACCGACUCCGCUGGGGGCGGAGGGCGGGGAGAGAAGACAGUGACUUUGGGAUUGGCCCGGUCGGGUGCAUGUGGCCCACAGCAAGAAGCUCCCGCCCAGCAACCGCCGCCUCAGCCCCAGGAGAGCGCGGAGCAGGAGCCGAUCUCCGACAUCGAGACCCACGAAGGAGUAGGGGUCCGGGGCGGUGUCCCCCGCUGGGGACGUUUCUGCCUUGACAGCUCAGCCUGCUUCCAGGACAGCCAUUGCCAUGGAGACCCCUGAGGCUAUAAAGCCAGGUAUCCCAGCGGGCGGCUGCUCCUGCGCCGCGGAGCCCCCCAAGUAAGGAGCAAGCGCCCUGGUGUGGCCCAGCCCCCGCAAGAGGGGAGGAGGCGGAGGACGGCGCCAGCAGCUUGAGGAGCGGCGGCGCCCCGUGCCACCGUCUCAGCAGGGGAACGGGGGCUGCCCCGGGUGCGGGUGAGUGGCGCGGCUUCAGGCCACAAGUGACUGAGGGGCGCCGGACACCGGGAAAGCAGCGGGAGAGUCAGGAGGGGACCGAGCUUCGGCGCCGGUCGCCUUGUGGCGGGCCAGGGACAGAGCGCGGAGUAGCAAGCAACCUACACCUCCAGGCAGGCGGGAAGCCCAGGGAAGGAGAAGAGACACACCAGGCGGCCCAGGAGCGGCGGGGCGGCGGGAGCAGCGGGGCGGACAAGCGUGAGAAGCUCAGGACCCUCGGUCGCAGCCGCCCACGCGCAGAGGGAGUAAAGCCAGUGUACCCGCGAGGUCCAGAGCCUGGCGGGGCACCGGAACAGGGGCGCCCCCGUGCGGAGCUGCCUGGCCGUCUGAGCGCGGCCGCAGGGGCCAUGCUCAAACCCAAGGACCUGUGCCCCCGAGCGGGUACGCGCACCUUCCUGGAGGCCAUGCAGGCGGGCAAAGUGCACCUGGCCCGCUUCGUGCUGGAUGCCCUGGACCGCAGCAUCAUCGACUGCCGCGCGGAGCAGGGCCGCACGCCGCUCAUGGUGGCCGUGGGGCUGCCAGACCCCGCGCUGCGCUCGCGCUUUGUGCGGCUGCUGCUGGAGCAGGGUGCGGCCGUGAACCUGCGGGACGAGCGCGGCCGCACGGCGCUCAGCCUGGCGUGCGAGCGCGGCCACCUGGACGCCGUGCAGCUGCUGGUGCAGUUCAGCGGCGACCCCGAGGCGGCCGACUCUGCAGGCAACAGUCCCGUGAUGUGGGCGGCGGCAUGCGGCCACGGGGCGGUGCUCGAGUUUCUGGUGCGCUCUUUCCGCCGCCUCGGUUUGCGCCUCGACCGCACCAACCGUGCGGGCCUUACAGCUCUGCAGCUGGCUGCCGCUCGCGGCCACGGAACCUGCGUGCAGGCCCUCACCGGGCCCUGGGGCCGCGCAGCCGCCGCCGCCGCGGCCCGGGGCUCCAAUUCCGACAGCCCCCCUGGCCGUCCGGCUCCCGCGCCCAGCCCUGAGCGCCGACGACCCAGCCCCCGCCGUCUGCCGCGGCCUCUCCUGGCGCGUUUUGCGCGUGCGGCCGGAGGCCAUGGUCACGGUGGCGAGGCUGGCUCAGGGAGCAAGAGCUCUGGCCGGCACCGGGCUCAGGGCAGCGAGCGGCCCGAGUUGGGCCGGAGCAUGAGUCUGGCUCUGGGUGCAGUGACAGAAGAGGAGGCGGCUCGAUUGCGGGCGGGAGCCCUGAUGGCCAGACCACACUCGCCCCAGUCUUCGGGGACCGGGCGGUGGCGUUCGCAUGAGGGGCUGGAAGGAGUCCCCCCAACCUUAGUGCAAGCCCCCGUUGGCCUUAGCCCCCACCCCGAGGGCGGCCCCGGCUCUGGCCGCUUGGGUUUGCGCCGACGCUCCACAGCUCCAGACAUCCCCAGCCUAGUCGGGGAGGCACCAGGGCCGGAGAGUGGCCCGGAGUUAGAGGCCAACGCUCUGGCCCACUCGGUGCCUGGGCCGGAGCCUUGGCAGUCAGGCACCGAGGCCGUGUUGCUGCACGCUCAGCGGUAAAUAGCGUGGAGGAUGAGCCCUGUUCCCUGCACCGUUCUGUCUCUGCUCCGCUGGGAUUUCUUUCUUCCAGGUCCCUCACUUCCCCGGCAUUCCUUCCUCCUUCCCCGCCCCCCCGUGAGCCUAGAACCUGUCCCCGCUGCCAAGGCGAGUUGCCCCUCUCUCUGAAAGGGACCACGAUUAUUUCUUUUGUGUGCUUGUUGGUAUUUUUGGUAUUUUCUGCCUAAGUCACCUUCCCUACAGCCUGCCUUUUCUGUCCUGGAAGGGGGCGGAGUAGAAGAAAUGGUUCCAUGGGCUUCUAGCCAAGAAGAUGGACCUCCUUUCCUCUGCCUAAGGCUCAGUCCUGAGUCUGGCUGGCUCCUAAUGGUCCCAUUACCCUUCCCGGGUUAUUCCACGCCCUGGCAGGCAGGCAGAAGAGUGGACUUGCAGAACAAGGGCCUACCCCAGUGAUGCUGACAAUAAUGCCACGCAUCACCUAAGUCUCCUUUCCCCUUAAGGGUUGGAGAAGGGAACUGAGACGGGCCUUAGAGCCUUUCUGGACAGGAGGGCUGAUUAGGAAGGAAUCUGAAGGUUAAGUUUUUCUGGGGAGAAACUCCUGCCUCAAGACAAUGAAAGCACAUUUUGGACAUGGCAGAGCCCUUGGUGUUGAACGACCGACCAGCUUCUGGGUUACUUCAGCUCCCACGGCCUCUGCCCCAGGCCCACCCAGGAUUCAACCUAAUUGACAAUGUGAGGGUCAUUGACCCACACCAACCUCUACCCAGCCCAUCCACGGGCUCGGUUGCAUUUGAGUACCAUCUUUGAGGUCUCACCCCUCCUGGCCCAGCCUUACUUCCUCUCACUGAAAUGGAAAGGAGUUAGCACUGCCCCACCCCCACCGCCUCCCAGCUCCUGCAGGGUGGAACGGUUGCGAAGGCUUUGCUUAAUUGUACUUCUUCCAAUCCUCAAGUCUUUUGAGUCUUUGUAUAUGAAGCUGAAAGCAGCAGGUCUGAUCCGAGGCUUAAGAACCUGACAAUGUCUCUUUAAAUAGAAGCUCCGCGAGGGGGAUAAUUGACUGAAGUGUUUGCCACGUUAAACGGCGGCGCGCGGGAGUCGGAAGCCCACACGAGCAGCAGAUUUCUUACCAGGCCCAGCUCUGUGCAGAACAUAUACAUUUCACCGCAUUUCGCUCUCCUGAACUUCUUCUCAUUGUCAACCCCAAGGCGUUGGGGUUGGGGUCAUCUCUAGCUCUCGCCACUGUAGAAGAGACUUUUCUAAGCAUUUUGCUUUUCCAACUCUUGUUGUUUUCGUCGUUGUGAAGAGUCACCCAUGCCUCUGAAGCUCGGUACUCCAAGACCAACUCAGCGCUGGUCUGUGUGAGGCUGAAUGAUGUACGCAUAUGCUUUUGGAAUGACACUGUGUGGAGGAAGGCCUAUCAGAACUCAAAAGAAUAGUUAAUAAAUCCAGUAU